AAUAUAUGCAAAUAUAAGCAAAACUUCCUCCAAAAAUGCUCAACCAAUCAAAAGCCUAGAUUUCCGAAUUAUUUGUCAGCCGCACAUUAAUAACGAAUUCAACGGCUCAAAUUUCAUUUAUUAAAUCUUCAUAAAUACCGUUUCUUUAUAUAUAUCUUGUUCAUUUUCCAUACAUAAGCUAAAUUAUUGUCUGAACUUGUGCUCUCCUCGUGCUCACCAAUUCCGCAUUUUAGGGUUCUUCAUUUUUUCAGCUCGAGAAAUAUCUGUUAAUACUAUUAGCUAUGGGGAAGUGCUACCCAACUGUCAGUGAGGACUACCAGAAAUCUAUUGAGAAGGCCAAGAGAAAGCUCAGGGGUUUGAUUGCUGAGAAGCAAUGUGCUCCUCUUAUGCUUCGUCUUGCAUGGCACUCUGCUGGUACCUUUGAUGUGCAAUCAAAGACUGGAGGACCCUUCGGUACAAUGAGGCACAAGGCUGAGUUGGCCCACGGUGCUAACAAUGGACUUGACAUUGCUGUUAGGUUGUUGGAACCUCUCAAAGAACAAUUCCCUGGGAUCUCAUAUGCUGACUUCUACCAGUUGGCUGGAGUUGUGGCUGUUGAAGUCACUGGAGGCCCCGAAGUUCCCUUCCACCCAGGCAGAGAGGACAAGCCAGAGCCACCCCAAGAAGGCCGUCUCCCUGAUGCCACCAAGGGUUGUGACCACUUGAGGGAUGUCUUCAUCAAGCAAAUGGGUCUUACUGACCAGGACAUCGUUGCUCUUUCUGGAGGCCACACCUUGGGAAGAUGCCACAAGGAGCGUUCUGGCUUCGAGGGGCCUUGGACUGCCAACCCUCUUGUCUUUGACAACUCCUACUUCAAGGAGCUAUUGAGUGGUGAGAAGGAAGGUCUCUUACAGCUACCAACCGACAAGGCUCUUCUCUCUGACCCUGUCUUCCGCCCAUUCGUUGAGAAAUAUGCUGCAGAUGAAGAUGCAUUCUUUGCCGAUUAUGCUGAGGCUCACCUGAAACUUUCUGAACUUGGGUUUGCUGAUGCAUAAGCAGCUGAUAAAUGAUAACUAAUUUGAAGCAGUUCAAGAUCAUUGCAUUCUUAGUUUUUUUGCAUUAAAAUUAUAUGGAGUUCUUUUGGCACACAAUGCUUUGUUCACCUUCGAGAAAGUUAGGAUACUUUCCUUAUUGUGUUGCUGAGUGAUAAGUUUUGGGUGUGUAGAAGAACUUCUGGUCUGUGUAGAAGUCAUGAUUUUGAUCAUCUUGUCUUGCUUCAAUAAUAAAAAAAGAUAAAUAUGGAUGUUAACUAAAGGUUUCUUUAGUUUUUUCUUUUUACAUCUUGUGAUGUAUUUUAUUUAUAUUAGGAUUUUAGAUUGAAUUGUUAUUCAUAUUAAACUAAAGAGUAUAAUAUAUGGUUAUAAAAGAGCCACGAUUUACGACUAA